ACCGAAGGUAAAGUUGUAAAAUUGCCAACAUGGCGGCUACCAGGCUGGAAAUAAACUUCAACAGGUUGUUAAACCGAUGUGAAUCCGUGGCAAGCGAUAAAUCGCAAAAAGAUUGGCGCCUCGAAAAGUACAUAGGAGCACUACAGAAUCAGUUGUCAGAGUUGAAAAAAGCACAAAGUAAACCUUGUGAUGAAAUUCUUGGUGGUUACACGAAAAAGGUAGAAUUAUUGAAAGGUCUCAUAGAGGCAGAGAAGAUGCCAACUGCUUCUGAGAAGGCCCAUGCUACAGAUCUUCUGUCCGUCCCACGGACAACAUCAUCAACAUCAGGAAAGCAGCUGCACAUGCAGGCCAAAGUGAUGUACCAGCAGGAGAUGAGGGAUGAACUCCUCGGGUCAGGACGAACAGAUGAUGACGAGCUUGGUUUACGUCAGCGACAAAAGACCAAGGACAAGGACAUUGACACCGUCCUGCAGCAUCAUCAUCAGAUGCAGGAGAAACUGGCGGAGGAGAUGCUGGUCAUUGCGCAGGGCUUGAAGCAUAAUGUCACUGUUUCCAGCAAGAUUGUUCUGGAUGACAUCAAGAAAGUGACAGACAGUACAAGACUGGCGGACACCAACCUGAGUAAGCUGAAGACGGAGAGCGAGCGACUUCAGGCUCACACCAAGACGUGUUCGUGGUGGAUCUGGGUGAUGCUGGUGGUCGUCAUCAUCACUUUCUGCUGGAUGGUGCUGCUCAUGAGGAUGUUCCCAAAAAAGUCAUGAUACGAUCCGGAGUCAUGAUAGCUUGUAUUGGUCAGCCAUAGGGCCAGGCUUCGUGUACAUGCCUUUGUAACCAUGAGAGUGUUAAGAGCUGCACCUUACAUCAGUGUCUGUCCACAGUGCCUCAAGCUUUUUAUAUGAGCUGUCUGAUCGGGACUGGGUGAUUGUGUAUUUCAGGGCGCCCUGACAACAUGGAUUGUUGCUUUUGCAUCAGUCACUGAUGCCUCAUUGUUGGUUUUUCAGUCACUGGUAUGCCUGUCACAGUCUGGAUUAUUUCAAGAUGCAUUGAUGUAGCUGUAAUACUUACUGUGGCAUUAAGCGAUAUUUUGUCACCAAGAGCAUUGGUGAUCCUCUGUCCUAACUGUUAACAGUGAAGGGUUAUGGGGGUGGAAGUUAGACGAUGGUCAAAUCAUUUGUCCAUCACUGCAAGGCCCAGGCCACAUGUUCCACAUGGCCACAGUGUGAAACUUUUUUUUGUUAUCAACAACUAAACAUUACUGGAAUCAUGCUGACAUCUAGGUUAAACCAUAUCGGUCUCUCCAGAAUGAUGUAUCCACUGUUCUCCCCCAUCUCACCUGAUUAACUGAUGACUGUUUUGCUUGGCUUGAUGUGAUGAUGGAAUUGUAAGACUGCUAACUAUAAAAAGAAAAAGGAGGAAAUAUACUGCUCCCAUACCUUGCACUAACAUGA